UUCAAUAAAUGACAAGAGCGCAGUUGCCAUGUAUACAACUGCGAGUACGUGUUUGGUUUUGGUUUGGUCUCACUUUUCAACGGCAAACUUCAAUUAGCUUAGACAAGAUACAUCAACUCGUCGAGAGCGACCGCAACUCGCGCGAUGUCAACGUCGGCGCGCAAUGCGGACACCGCGGACUUUCACUACGAGCAGCUCGACCAGAGCAUCGGCGAACUCGACCUUGAAGGCGACAUCAUGGUGCCGGGCGCCGCGAGCUCGGUCGCCGCCGCCGCCGACGACCUCAGCGACCCCGACACGCUCGACGAGCCCGUGCUGGCGACGGUCGUGCGCGACCUGCGCGCGGUUGGCGUCAAGUUCCGGCACGUGUUCUACCCGCGCCGCAACCCGGCGCUGCUGCGCGACUGGGACCUGUGGGGCCCGCUGCUGCUCUGCAUCACGCUAGCCGCGUUGCUCCGCCGCGACGGCAGCGACGACGGCGGCGGCGGCGGCGACGCUCACUUCGCCGAGGUGUUCGUCGUCAUCUGGCUCGGCGCCGUCGUCGUGACGCUCAACUCGAAGCUGAUCGGCGGCGCGAUCUCGUUCCUGCAGAGCGUCUGCGUGCUCGGCUACUGCCUGCUGCCGCUGACGAUCGCCGCCGUCGUCUGCCAGCUCGUGCUGCUGCUGGGGAGCAGCGAGAGCGUGGGACUGUUCGCGACGCGCGUCAUCGUCGUCGCCGCCGCGUUCGCGUGGUCCACGUUCGCGUCGACGGCCUUCGUCGCCGACAGCCAGCCGCCGCGUCGCAAGGUGCUCGCCUGCUAUCCGAUAUUCCUCUUCUACUUUGUCGUCGGCUGGCUGAUCCUGUCGCACGCGCGCUGACGUCCACGUUUUGUAUUCCGAACAAGGGACGAGACGGGGCGCACGCGCGCUCAUGCGCUGCCGUCCGCGUUUCGUAUUCGGAACAAGGGACGAGGCAGGGUCGUCGCCGUCGUCGAACACAAACAUUCUGCCACGUGUGCGCGACGUUUCGAAGAUGGCGCGCGUGCGUUACGUUUCAGAGAUGGCGUGCGGGCGAUCAAUUGCAAGACGUGGCGGAGAGGGUUCGGGUGCACGUUGUUUUAUCAAGAUGUUAUUUUAAGAUAUUUUUGGGUAAACAAGGGAUGUAUAUGAUUGUACCUAGUUGUUAACGUAUAUUGUGCCGGUGAUGAGGCCUGUAAAUUAUUAAUGCAGCAUUUAUGACAAUUUAUUUGGUAACCAAGAAUGCAGUAUGUAUAAUAUUGAUUAAAUUUUAUUUUCAACUUGCAUUGACACAUGUAAUCAGGUACAUAGGUGAUGAACUAUUCUGCAUAUUUUGAUUUGAAGUCGAUUUGAGGAGCGGUUGAGUAAAUCCGUUCAUGAUUGAAGAAAAUGACAAUCUAUGGUGUGUACUAUGUACACAACUAGGCUACACACCUUACGCACCUUCCAUGUAUCUAGGUAUAUAUUCCAACUGUGUAACACCGUUUGAACGAAAACAAUGAUUUCCGAAAUUGGAGACCA